AAAACUUCAAUAAUAAAACGUGGGAAUUGAGAAUUCAACAAUCGCGUGGUGCUGUUAAAAUAAUUAAAAAAAAAGUAAGAAUUAUAGGUGAAUAUUGCAAAAAGGACAAGAAAUAUUAAAAAAAAAAGAUGUCAAUUCGCGAAAAAUUGUUAAUGAAAAAAAUAAAAAAACGAGAAAAGGUGAAAAAAGAAUUAAUGAAAGCAAAACAACGUAAAGGCAAUGAUGUUAAUAGUGAAGAAGCUGAAAUAUCUGCUCCAAAAUUUCCAGGUCCUUUUAAUCCGAAAAAAAUGAAAACUGUUCAGGAUGUGUUGACUAAAGAAGGGGAGCAAAAUAUGUCAGAUACAGAAAAACCAUUACCAAACAAUAUUGAGAAGGAAAAGAAGAAGAAAAAAAAUAAACCCAAAAAAGGUGCAGAAAGUACAGAAGAAAUGGAAACAAAUAAUUUACCGGAACCUGUAACGGAACAAAACGGUCAACCAAAACUUGUCAUCGAUAUAGAAGAUAGGGGUUUUAAUAAGUUAGAAGGUUAUGUUUCUGAAAAUACUUUAAAAGGCAUUGAAGACAUGGGAUUUAGUCAAAUGACAGAAAUUCAAGCCAAAUCUAUCCCACCUCUAUUAGAAGGUCGAGAUUUGAUCGGAGCGGCAAAAACCGGUUCUGGAAAAACUUUAGCCUUUCUAAUACCAGCAAUCGAACUUAUAACAAAACUAAGAUUUAUGCCAAGAAAUGGAACUGGAGUUAUAGUGAUUUCCCCUACCCGUGAACUUUCAAUGCAAACUUUUGGUGUUUUAAAAGAAUUAAUGAAAUAUCACCAUCACACGUAUGGUUUAGUUAUGGGCGGAGCAAAUCGGUCAGUUGAAGCAGAAAAGUUAGGAAAAGGAAUAAAUAUUUUGGUUGCAACUCCUGGUAGAUUGUUAGAUCAUUUACAAAACUCGCCGGACUUCUUGUACAAAAAUCUUCAAUGUUUAAUCAUUGAUGAAGUAGAUAGGAUAUUAGAAAUAGGCUUUGAAGAAGAAUUGCGGCAAAUCAUUAAUUUACUUCCAAAACGUCGCCAAACUAUGUUAUUUUCUGCAACUCAAACAGAAAAAAUUGAUGCUCUAUCUAAGCUAGCCUUAAAAAAAGAGCCGAUUUAUGUUGGGGUAGACGAUCAGAAAGAAAUAGCUACUGUAUCUGGGUUAGAGCAAGGAUACAUAGUAUGUCCUUCGGAAAAGAGACUUCUUGUUUUAUUCACAUUUUUGAAAAAGAAUAGGAAGAAGAAAGUAAUGGUUUUCUUUUCAUCCUGCAUGUCCGUCAAAUAUCACCAUGAGUUAUUUAAUUAUAUCGACUUAUCUGUUACGUCAAUACACGGAAAACAAAAACAGACAAAACGUACAACAACAUUCUUCCAAUUUUGUAAUGCCGAAUCUGGAAUUUUGUUAUGCACAGACGUAGCUGCAAGAGGUUUGGAUAUUCCUCAAGUUGAUUGGAUAGUUCAAUAUGACCCUCCAGACGAUCCAAAAGAAUAUAUUCACCGUGUUGGUAGAACUGCUCGAGGAGAAGGAGGAUCUGGACAUGCUUUAUUAAUUCUGAGACCUGAAGAAUUGGGAUUUUUACGAUAUUUGAAGCAGGCUAGAGUACCAUUAAAUGAAUUCGAAUUUUCUUGGUCAAAAAUUGCAGACAUUCAGCUACAGUUGGAACAAUUAAUAAGCAAAAAUUAUUUUCUUAAUCAAUCAGCUAAAGAAGCUUUCAAAGCUUACGUUAGGGCUUAUGAUUCUCAUCAUUUAAAAACAAUUUUCAAUGUCAACACUUUAGAUCUUUUAAAAGUGUCCAAAAGUUUUGGAUUUAAUGUUCCACCAGCUGUCGAUUUAAAAGUUGGAUAUAAACGUGAAAGACCACAAAAACGUGUUGGUGGAGGUGGUUUCGGGUAUUACAAGGAUUUAAAUAGUGACAACAAAAGAAAGAAAGUGUAUAAACAAGUUACACGGGAAGACCUUAAAAAAAAUAAAAAUUUCAUGAGAUAAAAAUUAUUAAAUUUUUUGUUAGGUAAAAUAUUAUGUAAAAUGAUUUUAUACAAAAUACAAUACAAAUGUAAUUUCUUUUAUUUUAAUUACAUACAUGUUAA